AUGUUCUGUGUUUUAGAGGAUGUUUUUGUAAAAUACGGUCCUGUUCGCGAUGUUUGGGUCGCUAGGAAGCCUCCAGGAUUCGCGUUUGUUGAGAUGGAAGAUCCUAGGGAUGCAGAGGACGCUGCCCGGGGUCUUGAUGGUUCAAGAAUCUGCGGUGCUAGGGUUAAAGUAGAAAUGAGCAACGGAGGAAAAUCCAAAGGAGGAGGCCGUAGAGGACGCAGCCGAAGCAGAAGCAGGAGCCGAGGGCGUAGUGAUAGGAGGAGGUCGAGAUCUAGAUCUAGGAGGAGGUCACCCUCUUACAGGUAUUCAUGUGAACCAUCGUGAGCUUGAUGGUCCGUUCGGUCAACGACAUCUAGGUUCACUGCAGUAGAUAAACCUUCCCUUCCUAUCUACCAUUGGAAGGUUUGUCGACCAGCACAAAUAUUCUUGUAAUUAAUUGGAUUUAAAUAUUUUCCAUAUCUUUUAUUAUGUUUAAUUAUUGUUUUUGUAGUGCAUUAACUACCCUACUCCCCUAUGUCUACCACAAUUAAGACAACAUCUACCUAAAGUCUACCACAGCUUGAAACAUUGGCAUUGGCAACAUCUACCCUAAGUCUACAACAGCUAGACAACGUCUACCAAUACCUAACAACAUCUUCCUUUAGUCUUCAACCUAGACUUUACAUCCUUGUUAUAAAUGUUUUUUUUUAAAUGGCCUUAUAAAACUUCCUUCAUUUUUUGUGUUUUCUUCCUUCUUCUUCUUCUUACUGAUAACAUCAGCCUCAUUUUCCCAUCAAAAAGUUACCCUCAUAGCCUUCACGUCGCUUCAACCUCAUAAAACUUCCCACAACAUCAGCAUCUUGCCCCCCAUCCCUUCAUUUCUUCAUGAAACAAGGUAUUUCACAAUUGUUUUAAAGCUUUGUGUUUGAUUUUUGGCUUAGGGACGUGGAGUUUCUUUCCCUUGGCUUUUCUUGUUAAACUGUAGAUAAAUCCCCUCAUCAUGGCUUAAAGAUAUCUGAGGAUUAAGUCUUAUAGAUGAAUCCAAUCUAAUCAUGGAUUAAAGAUAUCUGAGGAUUAACUCUUGUAGAUAAAUCCCAUCUAAUCAUGGAUUAAAGAUAUCUGAGGAUUAACUCUGUAGAUAAAUCCCCUCUAUCAUGGAUUAAAGAUAUCUGAGGAUUAACUCUGGACUUGUUUCAGA